AUAUAAGCCAAGAAGCUUGUCCUAGGUGUAGUGUCUUUUUUGCAGGACUUCUAUCCUAGCAGUGCUUUCAAACUCGGAGCUUUCUAGCAGUAACUGGAAGCCUUGCUUCGCUAGUAGCAUUCACUCGAGUCAACUGGAACCUUGUGCCUUGAGUCCUGUUUGGCUUCCAACAUGAAGAUCUUCUCCGUCGUCGUCCUGCUGACGGUGCUGACCGCAAUCCUGGCCUCGGCAUCUGCUGCUGAGGAAGGAAGUGAAAAGGCACACCACAGGGUCCGACGAGGCUUUGGCUGCCCCUUGAGUGCGUGGAUUUGCAACUGGCACUGCCAGAACAUUGGCCGCAAAGGAGGCUACUGCGGGAACAGAUUCCGAAGAACCUGCUACUGCUUCUGGAAGUGAACCUCGCUCGGAUUUCAGCUGCGAAUAAACAUUACAGGCAAGCACAGCGUGA